CAACCGCUCCUCGGCGCGGAACGGAAGGCACAGUGGGUUGCGCGGCAACGGGCGGCCGCCCUGAGGGAGCGGGAUCCGCGCUCCGCCGGCUGCCGCGCCAGCUGAGGCGAGACGGAGGCAGGCGGGAGCGCCUCGAGAUCAGGGGCUGGUCCUGCCCGCGGCGCGGAGACGGCGGCUUUGGUCCUGAGGAGGAGGUCCUGAGGGAGCCCUUGGGGCGGGUCUGGGCUGCUGCUGCUUUAGUGACCGGGAAGAGUUCCUCUGGAAACACAGGGGGUUCCCCGUCGUUGGUAGCUUAGAUUGAGUAAGCUUUAGAAGUAGGGGGCAAAAAGGUAAGUCUGUCUGAGGGACUCGUGUUUGAAGAAACGAUGUCUCUGGAGAAGGAAGAAGAUGAUGUUCCAGGUGGUCUGAAUACAGAAGAACUGAAAAGCUUUCACGAUGCUGCUGAUGACAGCGCCAGGGAAGACUCGCUACAUUUAUCAGGGACUCCUGGUGGAGCAGCUGACCCAGCUGUGGAAAGUUUGGGUGAAAUUUCACAGGAAGGGCCUCAAGCAGAUCAGGAAAGCCAUAAAAAGACUGAAAACGUCUCAAGAAGUGAUUUACCUGAAAAAAGGCAUGAGUGUGAAUCCUCUACUGAGAUAAAUGCUUCCACGGUGCCUCAGGGUGUCUCUGAAACAGAUGUGAGAAAGGGCACUGGAGAGAGAAAGCAGGCGCUUGCAGGCGCUGUUAGAGGAGAUGCCAGACCAGUCUUGUCACUGUCAGCAGUGAAUGCUGAAAGUGCUGGAGCCGCAUCAGCAUUUUUGUUGUGUGAGGAAGAAAGGAGUUUCACACUUAGGCUGAGUGACAAAGGGUUCCAGGAUGUGCCUCUGACCACCCCCACAAGCCAAAACGUAAAAUCCCUGCUCUUACAGAACAAUGAAAUAAAAACGCUGCACUUAAAUACAGUUAACCUAACUAAUCUGGAGGUCCUGAUACUUGAAAGAAACAGACUGAUACUGCUGCCACCAGAAAUAUCAUUGCUUCAUAACCUAAGAGUGUUGAAUGUCAGUCACAACCAGUUAUCGUGCCUCCCUGAAGAACUGCCCAAGCUUGUAAAUAUUAAGAAGCUCUUUCUCAAUCACAACAACAUUGAUGAAUUUCCUUUUGCAUUGAAAAGCCUUGAAACAUUAGAGCUUGCUGGGAACAAGCUAAAAACUUUGCCAGAUGCCAUGGUUGACAUGAAAAACUUGAAGGUACUCAACAUCGAUUCCAAUCAGAUCUCGAUAUUUCCAAGGGUUCUCUGUUACCUUCCUAAUCUAGUAAAUCUCAGUUUAUGUGAGAACUUCAUUCAGAGUUUACCGAAGGAUAUUAAAGAGCUCAAGAAAUUAGAAGAGUUUUCAAUUAGUCACAAUAAGCUUAUAUUUUUGGCUGUGCAGCUUUUCCAGCUGACAAAACUGAAAGGACUCAGAGCUGAUGAUAACAAAUUAGAGUUUCUUUCAGAUAAAGUGGAGAAUUUAAGAGAACUUACAUUUCUGAACCUUUCAAAAAAUUUAUUCAAAAGCAUUACAGAUAAUGUUUGCAACUGUACUAUGUUGAACAGUCUUAUUCUAUGUGAUAAUCAGUUAACCCAGCUCCCUGCCAAUAUUCACAGACUUAAAAAUUUAAAGGAGCUUUCUUUAAGUGGGAAUCAUCUGAACUCACUGGAUGAACAAAUAUCACAUUUAAAAGACCUCUCCAAAAUAGAGCUUUCUGGAAAUGUAUUAACAUACAUCCCUGUUGAAUUAAAAAAUUGUAUACGGAUAACCAAAGCUGACUUCAGCAAUAAUAAGCUUGCUCAGUUUCCAAAUGCGGUGUGUGCACUAUUUGAUCUUAAAUACUUAAAUCUUAGUGGCAACUCUAUUUCAGAAUUAAUACCUGGAAUUUCUCAUAUUAAAGAUCUGGAGCACCUAGAAUUAAACAAGAAUAAACUGUCUUCAUUUUCUGCAUGCUUGUGCAGCCUCACAAAACUGGUUUACUUGGAUGUAAGUGAGAAUGAAAUCAAUAGCAUGCCAGCUGUGCUAUCUAAAAUGAAGGCUCUCCAGGUUCUCCUUCUACACCACAAUAAGUUUGACUCAUUUCCUGAAGAACUGUGUUCUUUAAAGGGUUUAAAAACACUCGACAUUUCAAAUAAUCAGAUAAAGACUAUUCCUUUAAAGAUUAGCAGUCUGGAAAUGAUUAAAGAGUUAAAUGUAUCGAACAACCAGUUUGCAUCUUUUCCUUCUGAAAUAUGUCAUCUUUCAUCACUGGAGAAAUUGACUGUGUGUCAAAUGAAUGGGUUGAAGUUAACUAAAAUUCCAGAGGAGCUUUCCAAACUGGUUUCCCUCAGGGAGCUUGACAUAUCUCAUAACGCGUUCAAGGAAAUGCCAGACAGCAUAGGGGAACUGAAGUAUCUGGUCCGUUUAAUUGCAAAUAAUAAUGAGAUCAGCCAGCUCCCCAGAUCUAUUACAUCACUAGGAAAUCUGCAGCACCUUGACGUGAGUGAAAAUCGGCUGAGAUAUUUGCCUGCUGGCCUCCGUCAUCUUUAUUUGCUGAAAGACAUAAACUUCAAUGGAAAUUCUCUGUUUGAACCACUACAAGACGUAUGUAAAGGAAAGCAGUUACAUCCCAUACUAUGCUAUCUGGAAAGUGCUGAUGAAAGAGAUGAGAGAGUACUGCGCAAGAUGAUAGAAAUGAUUGCUGGCAACGUUCCUUCUGAACAUUUUGAAUUCUUCUGCCAGAAACUACAACUUCGUCAGGCUGACAUCACGUCUCUGCAAAACACCAGGGCUCUUAAAUUGAAAGAGAAAAUCAUCAAAGCACUGGACGCUUGGAUCAGUGAAAACCAAGCCCUAACUUAUGGUGAAAUGAUAGAUAAAUUGAUCAGAAUACUGGUAAUGACAGGCAUGCAUUAUCUAACCAACAAAGCGAGAGCUUUAAAACUCUGUUCACGAUCGGUGACGUUCUAAACAUGCAAUGUACAAUCAGUAUUUAUGACAGGAACAGAGGUUUGUCUUGUCAUUCUUUCCCCCCCCCCCCCAUAAAUUCUUAACACUGAUCCUACCAUCAUGAGAGCUCGGCCUGUUUUUAGAGGUCACUCAUAAUCUUGGGUUUAUUUUUUAAAGAUUGCUUAUUUAAAAAAGAAUCAAAAAAUGCACUUCUUCAUUUCUAAAGUGAAGUACUUUGUUAAAAAGUGUAUGUCGAACCGACGAAAACUGCAGUAGACUCCUGUGAAUCAUCACGUCAAGUUAUUUUAUUCACUGCUGUGAUUUCCUUGUUUAAAUUCCUGAAUAGUGUUUAUGAGCGGAAAAAAAAAAAGUAUACGUUCAUGGUUUUAACGUGUUAUUCAGCAGAAAUUUCAGAGUGUUUUCUGAGGGUGUAUGAAAACAGAGGAGGCAUCCUGAAGAUGUACAGUGCGCUCCGAGCUCCAGCGGUGUGCCACUUUUCUAGCUUACCUGAAAGCAGCGCAUGCAGAGCAGGAAGAAACAUGGUGUUUCCCAGUGAGUGCAGCCUGUGGGAGGCUUGUGUUUGGAAACAGGGAACUGCCAGUGCAGGGUAAUAAACUGAGCUGUCUCGAUGGCAACAGUUACACUGCUGAAUAAAAGACAGCCGGAGCCUUAGCCCAAGCACUGAGCUGUCCUUACUACCUGGCUGGUGACGUGCUGUCUGCCCGUGCUCUGGACUGCGGCAGACACAGCUGGCCUCGUUUGCCUCAGAAAUGACUCCCAAAAAGCAGUGCAGAUGAUGAUACUGCAAGACAAUUGCAUCUUCUCACUCUGCACAGUGUUCCAUCACAGUCUCUGUAAGUCUUGCAAUCAUUAAUAUUCUCAUACUCCCUCAUCCGGCUCUGGGCCAUGCAAUACGUGUGCCGCAUUUGAAUUACAAAAGCAUUGUCCACGUGGCCUGAGACAGAUCUUACUGCUGAGAUUCAGUCUGGAAAAAAGAAGUACUACUUUACGGUCCCAGGGGUGCCUCAGGUACCUCAGGAGAGGCCUACUCGGUUCGAGCGCUACGUGAUGUGGACUCAGCCAGUCUGGUCUGGAAAGUGUUUGCACUCAGCACAGGGCAUGAAAUUCAGUCCACGUCACAUGGCCUCAACUCUGGAGAUCAGGACUUGGCCCUCCCUUUCUUACCUGUCAGCACAGAAAUAGAUGAUAAUGCUCUCAUGUUUGUAGGCACUGUAAUGUCUGCUGCUAUGCAGAUGGACUCCAAGGCCUGGAUGUCUCUCAGCGUGGCACUGUGAGAACCCAGACCGGGCUGGUUUCAGGCUGAGCUACGCUUAAAGGACAUACUGUGACAGCUGUGUCACAGACACACACCGGCCUACACCGCUUGGUUCGUGCUGCUCUGGAUGGCAACGAAGCCGUGUUAAUCAGGUUCAGAGGGGGCUAACAGGGCAAAUGUGAAGUCUGUGAGUGCGAUGUUCUCUGUCUUCACUGUAAUUCUGUACCUGCGUCGAUUAAAGGUGUUGGCUGAA